UUUUAAAUCACAUUUUUUUAGAUUUGGGUGACCAAAAUGUAAUUUACUGAGAGGAAAAAAAUAUUUCGUUUUCUGUCUCUUGUGCUUGUCCCACUUGUGUAUUCUCUGCCUCAAAGAAAACUCAGGAGAAAUUAUGGAAACUCCUGCCGAAAGACGGAUGAGGUUGUAUGGACCCUCCCGAAACCUUAAGGUCCAGGAAAUUCGAGAAAAACUAUCAAAAAGCUGUGUCCUUAAAGAUGGAGAAUAUAACUUCACCGCGAACAAGCUCAAAGAUGGGAUAUUUGACACAAGUUACGGGCGGGACUUUCCUGGUGCAUCUCUGGAUCCAACAGCCCUACAGGAGCAACAUGGACAGUUGGAUCAUCAUUUCUAUCUUGGAAACGACAGCGGAGGUCUGGUUCCCACGGAGACGUACCAACAAAGUACGACCAAGUCUGACUUCACAGAGCAGUCCUAUAGUAAGCCCAAAACUCUUCAAGAUCCAGGUAUCAUUAACUGGCCGGAUAUGGCUCCUCGAUAUAUGGUCAGCAGAAAAAUGGCGGACUCGGAGUACAAGUCGUCUUAUAUACCAGAUAUACGAGAUAAUCCGUUGGCUCCAUUGUACCCUCGGGUCAACACUUCUAAACUUAAACUUCCCCUGGACCCUGAGAAAUUCUGGAGACAAAGGGGCACGAACAUAAAGCUCGGCAGCGAUGUCCCACAACUGUUCAGUGAGCACCAGAGGGUCUACGGAGUGGGUCGUGAAGGGGCCCCAGACGGAUUUAUCAGAGAAAAGGGGAACAUGGGGAAAGAAGUCAGCAAAAAGAUGAAGGAUAUGGAAAAAUAUUCCAAUGUGUUUCGGACCGGUGAUUACAACGGAAUUGUUGGGAAUUUUCAGACGACAGUGAAUGAUGAGUUUGGACCGCGAACCUUGCCCCCAGCUGAGCACGCGGCUCGGGCCCUGAAAGCCUCGCAGAUUAAGUCCGAGAAAGGAAAGAAAGAAGAUUCAGAAGACAGCGGCGUAGAGAGUUCUACGUCAUCGUCCUCGCUGCCUGAUGAUCAUACUCGUGUCAAUCACCUAGCGGCACAUGCCCGGCAGACGACAGUUCCAAAAGUGUUCAAAGACGCUUCAGACGAACGCACCUAUCAGACGUCAGCGCAUUUUCAGUUUGGAUCUGACCCGAACACGAUUCACACGGUAUACGGAAAGGAUUUUGCUCCCGGAUCGAUGGCAUCAAGAGGGCCGCCGCAGAAAUGUCUUGUGCCAGACGCUGGACGAUUGCUUCAGAACGACCCCGCAUAUGCACCAAUGAUGUCGACAUCAAACCAGACGGACUUCAGUUACACUCCUGCAGUUCCCACCCUGAAUGCUGAUGGUCUGACUCAAAUGGAAGUAAACAUUCAGCGGCGUCAAACUGAUAACGUCAUCUUCAGCUUCGAUCGAUCACGUCAUACAUCUGAUCGGCAAAUAUCAUUGGCUCACACCGAUUACCAAGGUCCACCAGCUGGGUAUCGACCAAUGCAGCCCAUGUCCAGACCGGAAGUAGAGUUUGAUUAUCUAACUCCCAACGAUGCCCUUCCCUAUCCUCCCUUUGAAAACCGCACGUCGGAAGCCAAGAACAACUAUAUCGGAACCUUCAUGUCUGGUGGACACGCUCUAGAUCGACGUCAUGCUAAGAAUUCGCUCUGCAAGUCCCGUCUAGAAGACGGAAGGAGCACACACUUCACAGUAGGCUAUAACCCCAUGGACUUCUCCUCAGAAACGCAAAUGAAAUUCAAAGGGGACAAAAAGAAUGAUGCGCUCCUGGCACCAGCAGGGAAAACUGAAAAGAACGCGUCAGUAAAGUUUAAGCACGUUUCAAUGAGUGAGAAUACCCAGGAUCUAAAAGCGGCGGAUCCAUAUGUUGUCAGUAAGCAGGAGAGUUUAAUGGCUCGUGCAGCUCACCGGGAUCCGCUCACCGAACAUGCGUUUACGACCUCUGUGAUGAAGGCAGAUUACCCAUCAUUAGAUAGAAGAGGACUUACAGAGGCCCAGUUAAGGAUGGUCCAGGACACAAACCAAAAGAUGGGGAAAGAGAUCGCCAGCUCGCACCUGUUCCAUACGGACAACUCCGGAAGAAACAAUUUUAUAACCACUGCUAUGGAUGAUUAUAUAAAACCGGAGUCCAUGACGGGAGGUCGAAAGCUCCUUGCUGCUCGUUAAGGACAUUUUCUUGUUAAAAAAUUAUGGAUUUUUUUUUUAUAUCUAAGAAUUUUGGAAACUUUGUUAUCGUCAUUUUUAUUGUGGGAGGUUAACUGUUGAUAGU